AUUGAACCGUGACCGAGUUGUCAACCUUGGGGGUGUUCUGAGUUUGUGUAUAAUAGCUGGGUGUUGGCGUCUAUAUUUGUAUCGAGACGACAGGGGGUAAUCACUCCCUUGACGUCCGCGCUGUGGAUGUCGUAAAGCAUCAUCCCUCACAACGUGAUUAUAGUCGUGUCAAGUUAUUAGGCAAUGCUGGAGCGUAUUUCGGUGUAGUCGUCCUCGGAGGGAUAUAUUUUAAAAAGCCGCCUUGCCAUCUGUUUCGUAGUAGUCUGAUUUAAUAGAUAUCCUAUAAGCUGUUAUUUUCGAGAGGAAAGUUGUGUUGUCGUGCUUUUAAAAGGUAACUAAUGCACGCCUUGUUUCUGAAGGAAAGUCGUACGUUGUUUUAAUAGAAAACUUAGUGCGUGUUUCUAGAGGUAAUUAAUGCAUACCUUGUUUUUGUAGGAAAAUUAUAGUUGUUUCGUUAGAAACUGGCAUAGACUGGGUUAGUUGUGUAUCUAUAUUCAACCUACAGACAUUGUUUCGAUAUAAAGCUGAUGUAGACUGUAUUCCAGUAGAAAUCUGAUUGGCUUUAUAUAUCAAAUUAUCCGAAGCUGUAAGAAAAAAUUUCGAGUGAAGAUGUCCCGAUUUCGAGAAAACGAAGCUUAUUGUGUGAUAGCCAGCGUGAGCAAGGACAAGGACACUUACGAUAUUUUUAACGACAGCUUUGAUAAUGAUACGUGCGAGAUGGGAUGUAUGGAUGGAUUGCUGCACAGGAUACGUCACUUCCUCAAAGGAUUAUUUCAGUCAGGCUCGGCGGCGGCACAAGCUCCAGCCACCAAGAAGCCUCGAAGCCGCGGCUUCAUUGACUCCAUAUUCUGCUGCUUUCGUAAAAGCAACAACAGCAACAACAACAACAACAAUGCUUCGGUCAGCUGUCAACCGCCAGUUCCAGAGGACAACUGCAACUCACGGACAUCUGACAAAUACCUCCUGCCUACAGUCAGGCACCAGGACAUGAAUAAGAAAUGUAUAGUUAUUGACCUGGAUGAGACUCUUGUACAUAGUUCAUUUAAGCCCAUAAACAAUGCUGACUUUAUUGUCCCUGUGGAGAUUGAUGGAACAGUGCAUCAGGUGUAUGUGUUGAAGCGGCCGCAUGUAGAUGAGUUCUUGCAGCGCAUGGGGGAACUUUUUGAGUGUGUCCUGUUUACUGCCAGUUUGGCCAAGUAUGCAGACCCAGUAGCAGACUUGCUAGACAAAUGGAAUGUUUUUCGAUGCCGCCUCUUCAGGGAAUCAUGUGUCUUUCAUCGGGGAAAUUAUGUCAAGGACCUUAGCCGGUUAGGUCGGGAUUUGAACCAAGUUGUUAUCAUAGACAAUUCACCUGCAUCAUACAUCUUCCAUCCAGAUAAUGCCGUGGCUGUGACAUCGUGGUUUGAUGAAAUGAAUGAUACAGAGUUGUUGGACUUGAUCCCCUUUUUUGAGCGCCUGGCACAUGCAGACAACGUGUACACAUCAUUGAGGACUAUGUCAGAAUCGCCUUCUUCCACAACGCCCUCAUCUUAGCCCCACACCUGUUGCUGGUUGAGCAGCUUGUGCAGUCUUUGCAUGCAGCAAGGUAUUCAUCGCUGGUGCUGUCAGGGCCACGCCUUGAUGGUGUUGGUGCCAGCCGCCUGUCACCAUUGGACAUAACGUGAAAACACAUCAAGAUAAAAACAAAUUUUGGGCAUCUGUCAUGCAUCCAGUUGAUGAAAACACAUCAAGAUAAAAACAAAUUGUGAGCAUCAGUCAUGCUUCGUCUGAAUGAAUACAAAUUGUGGUAUCUGUCAUGCGUCAUCUAGCUGGGAAAAAAAUCGUGGGCAUCUGUCAUGCGUCGUCUAAAUGACAACAAAUUGUGAACAUCUGUCAUGCAUCGUCUAGAUGAAUACAAAUUGUUUCUUCUAAGUAUUGCAUAAGCUGAGAUUGUAUUAUGUGUUCAUUCAUUGGAAAGUGAAAAGUGAUAGUCAUUCUUCAUUACUGCAUGGCUAUAUAUAUAAAAAUAAAUGGUUUCACAGUCAGGCAUUAACAAUUUAUAGACGUGGUGGGAUCUCUGCGGCAAGGCAUACAAGCGGGUAACUAAAAGAUAAUGGCACAAGGCAAAUGGAGUAGUAACACUAGUCUCUGGCCUGCUUGAAUCCAAGCACACGGGGCUAAAUUGACUGAAUCUUUCGCUGGGCUUUUUGAACUGUCAGCACUUGGAUGUGAACUUCUUACAUGCAAAUGUAAAUGGAAUUUCUCGGAUAUUGGCGACUAAUUCCGGAAAUCGAAAACAAAAAAAAACAAAUCUAAGUGCUUCUGAGCCUUGUCUAUAUUGGUCCUCUCCUUGCAGCUGUGUUUAUUUAUUUUCAUGACUGUGUCAUGUACAGCUUGAUGUACCUUUGUGUGGUUUUCAAAUGCUGACGUUAUGUUUUAUAACACUAGCUGUUGAGGUAUUCACUAGUUAUUUAUAUAUAUCAUGUUACAUGUUACAGGAUGAUAGGUAAGCAGAAAUUUGUAUUAUAUGGAUGAAAUUAAAGCAUACGGUCAGUAAUAAUAUAUAUCUGUAUAUGAUAAAUAUCAGAAAUGGAAAAUGUAUAUCAUAUGGUCAAUAUUAGAACUCUGGUUUUUUUAAGUUCUGUCAUGUGCAAGGUUAUUUAAUUAAUUACGACAGCUAAUUUUUUGUGCUUUUAAAGUAUUUUUAAAUAAUGUAUUACUUUUUAAGAUAGUUUAGAUUAGCAUUAUUGUCAUGUUUGUCAGUACAGUUAUCAGGUUGCAAGAAUCAAAGCUCAAAUGUUUUUUUUUUUUUAAAGCAUAAUAGUUUGUUAGCUAGGUAGAUUGGUGAAAUAACUACAGAAAAGUCAUGUUUGGUUGUUUGGAAAUAAUGACUUAAUGAAAUUUAAUUAGAUUUGUGGCAAGAAGGAUAGAGAACUUUAAUAUAAGUGUUAAAAAUCUGUUAAUUUAAAACACCCCUUAAUGUAUUAGUUUAAGAUGUUUAUUAAAU